UGGGGGGGACUGGGAGGAACUGGAGGCACCGGGAGCCGGGGUGGUGUCCGGGCAGGGGCUCUGGGGACCCAGCGGGGGCUGUGCCCGCAGGAUGCUGAUGCGCUCCUGGAAGUCGCUGUUCACGGGGCGGCUGCUGCUGCUGACCAACACGCUGAGCUGCGGGGGGCUGCAGGCGGCCGGGGAUGUCCUGCAGCAGCAAUGGCACCGCCGCAAGCACCCCGAGAGCCAGCUCCAACUGGGACGCACUGGCAGGAUGUUUGUGGUGGGCUGCAGCCUGGGGCCGUUGAUGCAUUACUGGUACCUGUGGCUGGACUCAGCCCUGCCUGCCCGGGGCGUGCGGAGCCUCAGGACGGUCCUGAAGAAAGUGCUGAUUGACCAGGUGGUGGCAUCACCCAGCAUGGGAGCCUGGUUCUUCCUGGGCAGCGGCACCUUGGAGGGCCAAUCCCUCCAGCAGAGCUGGGACGAGCUGAAGCAGAAAUUUUGGGAAUUCUACAAGGCUGACUGGUGCGUGUGGCCGGCGGCGCAGAUCCUGAAUUUCCUCUUUGUGCCGCCCACGUACCGCGUGGUUUAUGUCAACGUGGUGACUCUGGGCUGGGACACGUACCUGUCCUACCUCAAACACCGGAAUCCAGCACGCAGCGCCGGGGCGUAGAGAGGGGACGAGGCUGUUCCAGAGGCUCCUGCCUGCACCAAAUGGGAUUUCUGGGCAUUGUGGAUCACCUCAGAAUGGAGGGACAGAGCCACCCCUCCACAUGCCUGCUGCUGAUUAAUUUAUCUGCUAAUUACAGCCAUGGGUUGGGGUUGUAACAAUCUCUUGUGCAGGAUAAGA